AUGGCGUCGAACAAGAGAAAGCAAGAUGAGAAACAUCUUAAAAUGUUAAGAGAGAUGGUGGCUUUACCGCACAAUAAACAAUGCUUUGAUUGCCAUCAGAGAGGACCAACAUAUGUCGAUAUGACGAUAGGAUCUUUCGUCUGCACAUCAUGUAGCGGGAUUUUACGAGGGUUAAACCCCCCUCAUCGAGUUAAGUCUAUAUCAAUGGCUAGCUUCUCACCUGAAGAAAUGGACUUUCUCAAAUCACAUGGAAAUGAGUUGUGUCGUAAAGUCUUUCUCGGUUUAUACGACAGUCAAGCUUGGCCAGAACCAGAUUCAAGAGACGAACAAAGAGUGCGGGACUUUAUGGUACAAAAAUAUGAAAACAAACGUUGGUAUGUUGCCCCUACGGAAUCAAUGAAGGAGGAAGCCCGGCGGAUGAAUGAAGUUUCUGUGAACAAACCUACGACCAAACCAUUGAGAACACUUUUAGGAGAGAAUACUCCAAAACUAGUUGUUGAAAACAAUCAGUCUCCUCAGAUGAGUCGACCUCAGCCUCCGGUUUCCUCGGCCUCUGUCGCCCCCCCGGCCACGUCAGUUGCGAUGCCCACCACUCAGCCAAAGCCACAGGCCACUGGCUUUGACCUGCUCGGCGACAUUGGAGGCGAUCCAUUCGCCAGUACACCUACCGCAGCUACAGGUGGAGGUGGUGGGGAUGGAGGAUUCGCCGACUUUGCCAACUUCAACAGUCAACCUCCAACACAAGCAGCUCAACCAUCGGCACCAGCGCCCUCUGCAUUCCCCAUCUCGACAGCUCCUCUUCAGCCCAUGGGAAGUGGUGCAGGAAUUUCCUCUGCCCCGGCGCCCGUACAGACUCCUACAUUCCCUGGUACAUCAGCAGGCGACAAGUAUGCUGCCCUUGCCGAACUCUUCGAUAUUUCUAGUAGUCCAACUGUUAGCACUCCAGUUACUCAAGUUCAGUGGAGCGGAACGGGGUCAAAUGCUAGUGAUGGCACAAUCAACUGGAGUGGCACUACAACAAAUGGUACUGGCGGGGGUUCUAUUAAUUGGAGUGGCGGAGGAGUGCCAGCCAGCAGUGGGAGUUCGUCUGUAGGAUGGAACAGCCAGUCUGUCACACAAACGACCAGUACAGCAGGUUUUAGCAGUGCAACUACAGAUGUUCAGAAAACAACAAGUCGAUUAGGAUCACCAGGAAACCCUUUUCUGUGCAGUGCUGCGAAUCCAUUCGGAGGAAGCACCAACGCAGCACAGCAGCCAGGAACAAUGGGAACACAAGCAAAUCCAUUUGGGACUGUUGGCAUUCAGCCAGGAUUCGGCAUGCCACCAGGUGGAGCUGGUGUUCCAGCAGGAUUUGGACAACCAGCAGGUGGCGCAGGCGUUCCCCCGGCAUUCGGACAACCGGCGGGUGGCGCAGGCGUUCCCCCAGCGUUCGGACAACCGACGGCUAGUGUUGGUGGUUUCGCUCAGUUUGGUGGCAAUCCACCUCAGACAGUGAGCGGUGGUUUCGGACAGUUUGGAAUGCAGAACGGUGGUUUCGGCACCACGGCCACGGGCUUCGGAAUCACACAGUCGGCACCAGCGUUGGGUGGGGCCACGGCGGCUCCUGCGGUGUUUGGUGGGCAAAGUUUCGGUGUCCCGGCACAGCCACAGGGAUUUGUGGCUCAGCCACCAGUGUUUGGAGGUCAGCCAUGGGCCGGUCAAGUCCAGUCUACACAGGCUGGGAAUCCUUUUAUGAAUGCCGCGGCACAGCAGCAAGUUCCCCCACGGAGCAGUGCGACGAAUCCGUUCUUGUGAUCAGAGACUUGGGACACAUGUAGACUAAUAAUACAACAGGACCGUUACAUCUGCAGCAAGCGCUGUUGUGGGAUCAGUUCCACGGAACUGAGGACACACGUUACCUUCAUGGUGAUAUUUUAGAAACAAAACAAUAAGCAAAGAAAACAAAAACAGUUGACUGAAUGCUUAUGAUUGCAUUUCAUGUGAUGUGUGUGAUAUUUCCUGUUGCCAUAGUAACACAUUGCUGCUGUGUCAGCAGCUGUUGCCCAUGGUGAUAUUUGUAUUUGUGAUGGUCCGAUAUUCUGCUUUUCUCUACAUAAGAAGAAGAAGAAGAAAAAAAGCAUAGUAAAAUAUACUCUGGACGCAGGAAUGUACAAAUCUCACAAUUGUUUCUGAUCAUUUUUGCAGCACUGGGUAGGGUAAAGAUUAGACUGAAUAAUAUUGACGUCUGUACAUCAUAUUUCAUAUUUAUUGUUUAGUAUUGGUAUUAUUUUUUCAUUUCACAUUUUCACUAGUUAAGUACAAAUACCGAACAUAGUGUUUGUAAUAUUUGGGCUGUUGGCCAAAUAAGUGGUGUAUGAUUGCAAGUGAAAAUGGUUAGUGACUGAACCUGUGUCAGGUCUGAAUCAUGCAUGUAUUCUGUGUCAGGUUGUCUACUGAUUUUCUCAAAUGGAACAAUUAAAAAUCCAGGGGCCAGUUGUACAAAACAUUAGUUAAGCAAUGGUUAAUAACAUUUUUCAAUUCUGAUUCAGAUUCUGUUCAAAUAAUACUUGAAAACAUAAUGUUCAAACUUGAUUUAGAACAGUCACUUAUCUAUAUAGAUAAUCAAAUUUAAUGUUUAAUGUUUUGUGUAAAAAUAAUUAAAAUGAAAAUAUUAAACUAACCCAGGGUUAAUUCAACUAUGCUUUGAACAACUGGUCUCAUAUAACAAAAGUUAAAUCUUAAAUACUGUAGGAAAAGUGAUUUACAGACAUAGAUAUUUGGUCUAGGUGAAUAUGACAUUCACCAAUUUGUCAUUGUAACGUAGUGAUGACAAAACUAUUAAUUUAAAGUAUCCUGUGUGUGGAAUAUUUUUUUAUUAUUAUUAUUCUAAUACUCUUGCCAAGUUGACUUUGUAAAAGAUGUUAAUGCUUUGGAUGUGAAUUUCAGUGAAAAGUGUUUAAGAAGAUAUUCUUGACUUUCUAGCCAUUGUAAUGUGUUUCCAGCUAACACAUAUAAAAACAAAAUUAACAAUUAAACUUGCAUAUUAAUUACAUUGCAGAACUGUUUUCGAAAAACACUCAAAAUGUGGAGGAAGGGAAAUUUGCACUGGUCAAAACUUUGAGAGGAAAUUUGUGCUCAUCAAUAUGUUGAGGGGAAAUUCAAUGUUGUCAAAAAGUUGAGGGGAAAUUUGCAGUUAGAAUGUUAGGGGAAAUUUAAACGUCAAAAUGUUGAGAGGAAAUUUGCAGUCAUCAAAAUGUUGGGGGCAACUUCACAAUUGUCAAACUGUUGAAGGGAACUUUGCACAUUUCAAAAUGUUACGGGAAAAUUUGCAAUUGCCAAAAUGUUGAGGAUAAAAAAUGUACACUCUUCAAAAUAAUGGAGGAGUAAUCACUUGCCUGAAUAUGAUGAAGUGUUCUAACAAAUACUGACUUGAUCAUUGUCAACACCAUGACUGGUCUAUCAAAGGCUGUGGUAUGUUCUGUCCUGUCUGGGAUGAUGCAUAUAAACGAUCCCUUGGUAAUAGAAAAAUGUAGCAGGUUUCGUCUCUAAGACUACAGAUAUCAAAAUUACCAAAUGUUUGACAUCCAAUAGCCGAUGAUGAAUAAAUCAGUGUGCUCUAGUGGUGUUGUUAAACAAAACAAACUUUUAAUCAGUGUCAAUUGGAUACAGACAAAUGACGUAAGUUGGAAAAAAACACAUGGUUUCUUCAAAAUGGUAGUUCAGUGUUUUGCACCUGCCGGAUUAAAUUAACACAAUGAAUGGACUUAGUCACCCUCUUGGAAGAUAUUGAAACGAUACUGUUGUUGAAAACAAGUUUGCAAGUUGAGAAUAAGAGACAGCGUUGUGUCAUAGCUGUGACGUACGUAUCGCUGAUGAUGUAAGUUAGUUAUUGACAUGACUGCCACCAUGGAAACUAUUCUUACACAAUUAACUGCCUAUAGUGAAGCACUGUUUAUGACAUCAAAACAUAUCUAGGGUAAGAAAUGUUUUUUUUCCUUUCCCUAGUUAAAGAUCAUUUUUCUUUCCCCACUUCUCUCUGCACAUAUGGGUAAGAAAUGUGCUUCCAUAACUGGGAAAGUAAAAAUCAUAAUUUAUCACUGAGAAAUUAUCAUACAUUGGUGUAACGUACAUGUACAAUAGUAAUGGACAAUUUAGCGCUUACAAACCAAUGACUACCGGUACUAACUACGACACCACAAUUUGGCAAUUUAUACCUCUUUUGUUUUCAUUGUUAAAUUUUGUAAUAAAGCAUUAUUUUAAUACAAUUCAUUACAAAUUUGUUUGAUAAAACUAAACAGAACUUAGGUUUUUGACGGUUAAUGUGAAUAAAAUACCAAGUAAUAGCAAUAUUCUGAUUAGUGUGUGAAGUGGCUUACAUCAUUUAUAUGUAGUCGGACAUCUAGCGGCCACCUGUAUUAAGCAGCUACCAAAGUCAAGAAGCCACAUUACAAUUCUCCCAAAUCAUCUAAUAUAGUAUAAACUGAUCUAUAUUACGCAACCACUUGUCUAAAAAGGCCACUUCUUUUGGUGGCUGCACAACACAGGCUUUUAGAGAAGAAAAAAGCGCCGAGAUAAUAAUUAGAACAACAAACUCUCUACACGUUACUAUCAAAUUUAUGACCCUCGUGAAAUAAUUUUCAUUUUUCACUCAUUAAUGCUCGUGAAAAGCGGAUAUUUUGCUAGGGACAUAUAUUUGAUAAUAACUGGUGAUUUGUUUAUUAUCCUCUUAUGUAAUCAGGAAAAAAGUCCUGUUACCUGGAAACCAAUUACAAUGGUUACAAAAUUAAAAAGGUCUUUUUACGUACAUGUAUAUGCUUGUAUAUAAAAGCUACUAUAUGUUAAAAACAAACAAUCACUUAAUAUACAAACCUGAUGUUUAUUACAUACUCAUGUAAUCUAUUUGCAGAAAUAAAGACUGGAACUAUG